UCUCCAAGCAGUCCAGAGAGAGCUAGAGAACAGAUGUACAGCUAAGCCUCAGGCUACUAUCUUCUUGAGAUGACAAGGGUCUUCUGGCAGUUCCCAUACAGUAUGGUGGGAAAAUUUGAAGCCAAUGUUCAAGGUGCAAAAACACUGCUGGUUCUGGCUCUUUUUUCUGGGUUUGUUGGUGCUUCUUUUAUGACAUUCACCUACCGCUAUUCCUCAAGCUUUACAAUAUACCGGUAUCUGGUUGCAGCAAUGGGAUCUUUUAUCACAGCUGCCUUGGUGUUUUUAGCUAUGAGUGUUUACACCAUCCGCAUCUCCACCCAUGCAGUCAGCAGAACAGGGAAGGUCACAUACCAAUGGACUUUCUACUUUGCCUGGACGAGCUGCCCUCUCUUCAUUUUAAGUGGUUUCUUUGGACUGAUGGCUCACCAGUGGGUUUUGAUACAAGUGGCUUCCUUGUCUGACAAGGACAGCACAAUCUCUUCAUCUUCCGGGAGCUGGACCACAGCCUCAUCCAGCUAUGCUGAUGAAGAAGAAGAAGAAGAAGAGGAAGAAGAGGAGGAAGAGGAGGAAGAGGAGAGAGAAGGAGCAGAAAACGAAAUACUGCCUGACAAUCCUAAACUAAUUUCUAUCAGGCCUUCUACAGCUAGGCUCUCUUUGGUUGCAUAAUGAGGAUUUACAGUUAUCCAUGGGUGCUAUGAGAUUCUAGAUCACUGAACUGUAUGCAUAGGUGGAGAUGAGUGAGAGGAUCUGUGUGUGAACAUGUGUGUGAAAGAUGUUGAGUGGGUGGAGCAAUUCUCAGAGUGAGUCAAUUGUCCUUUAUUGGCAAUAUUAAAGAAUGAUUCAUAAUAUCUGAUUUCUUGUUUCCAUUGCUUUUUUUCUUUCUUUCUAAAGCAUGAAUUUUCAAUUAUUUUAACCAACCCUCCAUUCGUUGGUUUUUUUUUUGCCCCCCCCCCCUCAAUACUCAAAAUAAUCAAUACUGUCGAUUGUUGUAAUUGUGCUUGUUGCUAACUGCUGUUUAGUAGACUUUGGCUUGUGGCAACCUAUGAAUGAGAGACUUCCCAGUCAACCUUUCAACAGUUCAGAUCUUGAAGACUCAGAGCCAGCCAUGACUUUCUUGAUGGAGUCUAUCCAUCUGGAAUGCAAUCCUCCUCUUUUCCAGCUGCCCUAUGAAACAUUAUUGUCUUUUCUAGUGAGUUGGGUCUUCUCAUAAUAUGAACAGCGUACAACAGUCUGUGUCUAGUCAUCUUGCUUUCUAGGAAAGAGUUCAGAUUUGAUUUGUUCGAGGACUUGUUUAAGCUAAAAAAUUUCCCGUUUCUAAAGACCAUGGAUACCAAGGGUCACCUGGUGACUUCCACUAAUGUCUAAUGUUUUGCAUCAGAAAUCAGAAUCUCACCAAUUAGAACAAUUAUAAACUUUUAAAUUAAAAAUUAUUUUAUUGAUGUUGUUAUAAUAUAAGAAAGGAGUUAGUAAAGAGAGGUCUAGAAGGUGAAACAUAUGAUAUUUGCUUUCUUAGUGAGUAGAUCUGGAUAG